UUCAUCGUCGUCGGAGUUCAGUUCACAGUGGGGAUAGGGUCGGGACCGGAGUGGUGGCAGCUUAGGGCUGUGGCCCUCAGUUCCUGACCAAUAAUCUUGGCAAACAUACUUCCUGAAAAGUGCUGGCUUAAACGUAUCUUUUUUUUUGUCGAUUUGCUGGUCGUUCUCCUUAGGCGGUCGGCUGCUCAUCAUCGUGGGAGUUCUGGUAAUUGCCAAUGCUGCUGCCCCGGUUAACCUGGCAAAACUCUGCUUUUGGUAGUAAAUCCCUUCGCAAGGGAACGCAAACCGCUUUUGCCGCUGUUCCAGAAGCCGGUUCAUCAGUACUUCGAGUUGCGUGAAGUCCUCCUGGAAUUCCUGCUCGUCGAUUGCCUGCCGUUUCACUAGAAGAUUUCCCUGCACAUGGCGGGAGAAGAUCUCCACCAGUACGGCAAACGAAGUGACCCGGCUGAGCUUGGUCGCACAAAAUCUGGGCAGCAAGAAGAGCUGCUGCGACGUAGUAGCAUGCGGGAAUGAAGCGUCCGGCGUUCUCUGGACGGGAAGAGAGUGGUGUACAUCAAGGAGUGGUUUUUUUUAUGGCAUUCCCGAGGAAUGUUGUGCAUAAGACUACUCCUGAAGAAAUUUUCUUAUUCGCGUUUUUCGUCUCAAACCAAAAAUGGUCAGGAUAUGGUAGCUCCGCACUGACAAGGGUUUUUCGCCGGACUGUCAUGAAUUAGAGGCUGCAAAAUGGAGAUAAUACUGCCCCGGGAAGUGCACAAUGCGCAGAAGUUCCUGGACUGCGCGGAGCAGCUGGACUACGACGAGUUCUCGGCGAAAAUGUUCGUAUUCUGCACCGGCCACAGCGAUGUGGAUGUGUUCGAGCUGAUGGGCAACGACCGGCUGUCCCAGUUGAUCUACGGCUGGGAGGUGUGCCACCUGCCCACCAGGGACUCGCAGUCCUUCGAGGAUCCUGCCCUGCGCCACAUCGUCCAGGUUCUGGCCCACCACUCGCUGCAGAUGUGGUUCAGCCAGGAGUGGAACACCUGCUCCGAGGGCCUCAAGCACCUGCUGCUGUACAGCCUCACCAAGGCGGUGCCGGCGUUCUACCGCAUUGGCGACCUGGCCAAGAUCGACUGGGCCUACAUCCUGCAGUUCCAGACGAAGCCCUGGAGCACCCCGUACCUGCAGCAGCUGUUCCUCAACCUGAAGGCGAACAAGCACCAUGCCAUCGAGCACACUGUUCCUGUGGCGGCGGCAGAAGACAUUGCCUUCCUGAAGCAGGAGGGUCUCUCGCUGAUCAUCCUGCGCCUCAUGCAGCUCUUCAACGCCGGCAACUUUGAGGCCGUGAAGCAGCUGGCGCUCCGCAUGCUGGCUGCUUGGCUAAAGGCUCAGGAAAAUGCCCCAUUUGAAUCCUUCGAACAGGAUCAAAACACUAUUACCCUGGUGGGGCACUUAUACCUCUUGACCAUAUUCGUUAGAGAUGAAAACCGCGGCUAUGUUAUUGAUAAUUUGAUGUACAACAUUCGCUUCUAUGCCCAGACCAUGCAGGAAGCUUCAAUCUCGCAUGACAUCAACUUCACACCAGCUCGUCUUAUUGCCCAGGUUUGCGUGCGGCUGCAGCUAGGCAGGAAUGGCUUCUUCGAGCAGAUUGGCUUCAAGAAGUUCAAGCUCAAUCUGGUCACCUCCUUUGCCGUCAUGCUGGAGGCCUACUCCAGCUAUGUGGUGGGCAAUCUUCUGAUGGAGCUUCAGGCACUCAACGAACAUGACUUCCUGGAGCACUUGCCGCAGUUUAAAGUACUCAUGUAUCGCUAUGUGGAGGAGCGGGAAAACAGCGAGCGUUUCCUUCUGGAGGAGCUGAAGAAGAUGGAGAACCAGCGAAAUAGCCACUUUCAACCACAUGUAGUGGAGCUAAAUCUAAACUACCAACAGCAGAUAUGCAAGGGAAACCGAGCCAGUAAUAUUGGCAAUUACAAGAACUGUGACGAUGAUGAAAAGCCGCUGCCUGAGGCGGACGAGGAGCAGGAUAGACAAAUAGAUCCAGUCUUUCAAAAUGUACCCAAUAACGAGGAGGUUUUAACCUUUGUGUACAAACUGCUAGCAGAACGAAACUUUUCAGGAUGGAAGUUUGCCAAGAUUGUUCUGCUGCUAAAGAUCAUUGGUCAGCAGUUGAAUGCCAUUGAAAUAUGGCGCUAUCAUCCCGGUCUGACCACCGAGUUUAUGCUCGAUUUGGAGCAGAAGAUGUCAACAAACUAUGCCGACUUGGCAAAAGUAUUCUCCGACCAUGGAUUCAUGGAGGCCGAGUUCUGGCUCACAGCUUUUUAUCUCAACCCCAUAACUGUGAACUACAACGAGGUCAGGCGGUGUUCGCGCAUCAAGAAGAAGCGGCAGGAGGAGGAUAACUGGCCGCCAGCCGCAGCGGCUCAGAGUGUCAAGUACGAACUGCUGAGCUCCACCAUUGACGUGGACGAGAUUGUGACCAUAACGAACCAUCACGCUCCAGUGGCCGACUACGAUCCGGUAUACAAGUCGCUUCAGGCACUGCGUCUACCCCGCAGCAUAAUCAAGGACCUUCUGACGGUGGUCUUUCAGCCACGUAACAAGCGAUACUCAUGGGCCCUUGAUUGGCACACGCUGCACGAACGAUGCCACGCUCUACUGAAGAGCCGGGACCUGAAAAACAAAUUUGUGUCCCUCAACAUGGCCGAGGCAGGCGACCACUUGCAGUACCUGCAGAUCGACUACGCAAAGUACAGGGAUCGACCGCAGUUGGACUACGGCACCAUCGAGGAGGGCUACGAGAAUGCGGCAAACUUGCCGGAGGCGGAGGAGGAACCAGAACCAACGCCUGCAGCGGACGAAGAAGCUGCCAAAGCCACGCAGCAGAAAAAGCGGAGACCAGCCAGACGCAAGUUCUGGGAUGAAGUGUUCUCGGAAGACGAGGAGGAGGCUGCCUCGAGCGACUCGGAGCCCUACUACACCGGCAAUGGCCGCCGGACUCGGAUAAGAGCCGCAGCGAUGGUGGCCAAUGCCAUGUUGUCCGACAUGGAUCGCAGUAUACGAGGUGGCCGGCGAUCGAACUCUCCAGCAUCAUCAGAAGCUAAAUCAGAAGCACAAGCCGAAGACGAUGCACAUUCGACGGUCAACGUUGAACCUUCAAGGCCGCCAUCCCGAAAAGAAGCAGCCGCCAGUGAAGAGAAGCGCACCAUCAACGAUCUUAUGGAGGCCAGGACCAAGUACAGCAACGAAACCGGCGGAUUCAAGGCCUUCGCAGACAUCUGGAGCUUUGAGAAGGAAGAGCUCCAAAACGUGGCCAGCGAGGUCAACAACCUGAUGGAGUGUAGCUCGGUGCUUAACAAGUUCAAGAACUUAAAGACCCUCAAGAUGACGGCAGCAGCAAAGGCGCCCGUGCAGCCAACUCCACAGUCAACUCCUCAGCCAACUCUCCAGCCAACAGGAAGGAUGGUGGCUCGCACAGGAUCGGAAACCGAGAGCGUGGACUCCGAAACCUCUACUAUGGCUACGCACGAGUUCAAUGAAGACACCAGCGACGAUUCCCCCGUUGUAAGUAAAGAGAUAACGCCAUCGCCGCCACCUCAGUUUUAUUUUACCACGGGGACACAAGUGUUGCAGCCCGCAGAAGAAGUACAGACGCAUGUGAGCCAGAAGUCCGUGAAAACAACUGAGGUCAAACCAGACACCCUGGAGAGUAAAAACUUCACGCAGGAGGCCAAGGAAGCUGGACAAAGGACCAAGGAGUCAUUACGCCCUAGGCAGCUAAAAGAUAAACCCUUGGAAACUGGCCAGAUAUUGCGGGAGGUCCUAGAAACUAGGCAGUUAAAAGGUGAGGUCCUACACACUAGGCAACUAAAAGAGGUCGUGGAAAAUAGGACACGUGAAAAUGAACAGGCGCCCAAGCAGUUGAUAAAGACUGAACAAAACAACGAUCCAUUAGAAGCUAAACAGCUGGAUGGAGAAAAAAAUAUGCAACUACCUGAAGUAUUAGCAACGAGCAUUGAAACCGACACAGAAACGGACACUGCAGAGGAGUCCUUGCGGUUUGAUUACGCUGACCAGCAGCCAGAGAGCAAGCGCUUGAAGAUGGAUGUCAUAAACGAGGAGUUUAACCCAGAUUCUCCUUCACGGGAAGCCGCCGAAAAGGAGAGGGCACGCCUCAUCCACGAGUGCCUUACCCGUCCUGUCCAAGUGUGCUUGAAUAGACUGACGGCACAGGACAUAGAGAAGCUUCGGGGAGUGCGGGUGCGUAUCAAGCGCACCAACAUAUCAGAUUACUAUCGCGCGCAGGCACGGCAUAAGCAGCUAAGAGUCGCAUCGAGCUUGAGAAGCCAGAGUCACUCCCACACCGAGGACAGCAAUGCAUCCUCGCAGAGCUACGAUACCCGUAAAUAUGGUAGGCGCCGCUUCAGAAAGUUUGUGCAUAUCACUUCGGAUUCGCCAGCUCCUUCCCUAUCGUCCACGCCAUCGCCAAGAUUGGAGCCCAAGCCGAUCUUCAAGCACAUUACAUCCGAUUCCUCCACAGACCUGGAGGAAGUGCCUCAUGUGGCUUCCUCUCUUAGAAGACGGGGACGCGGACGAGGUCAAGGACGAGGCGGGCCAAGAAGCCGAACUCAGGCGAUUUCACGACAUACACCAUCUAAUCCGGCGGAUGUAAUCGAGCUGUCCUCGGACUCGCUCUCCUCCAACUCACCAGUGCCUGGAGCCAUCAACCCGAUGAUUCACUUCACGGAUGUGAUGGAAAUGGAUCCGCUGUACGAGGAGGCAAUCGUUCCCUACUAACACGCCGUCGACAAGUCGAACCGGCUUCUGAGCCGCAGGCGAUAUUCUACGUGUUCGGAACGAAUGCUGGAGAGGGGUUGCACGGAGGUUGAGCAGUGCCGAACGAUGGAUACGCCGAGGGAGGAAGGAAGAUGGAGUAUAGCUGGGAAAAUCGAAUUUGUCUCGCUUGUUAAAAUGCAAUUAGCCUGGGGCACAUUUGGUGUUUGCUUUUGCAGGAACUUAGCCAGGAUUCUGAUGAAAUUAUUUGCGUGUACAUCUGUUUGUCCAAGUUUCCGGCUCGGUUUUUAUUUGGACUGUGACGACGCCCGCGGCCAACUGGAAAAAAACUCGUCGAGUCCAGUCCAACACUCAAUUGAAAAAGCAAACGCAUCCGCUCUUCAAUUAACUGCCUAAUUGAUAUGCAUUGUGGUUCCAAAAAACCAAAUUAGCUACACGCGUCGGAGGAGCUCUUGAACAAGGAUGACGACGCCGGCGACACGUGGCGGUUGGUGUGAAUUUUAGUGGCCAUAUUCUUAUAUCAAUAUCUAAGGGUUGAGAGUGAGAAAAAACGAGCUGGAAAAAUGUACGGCAUGAAACACAAUCAGAAUUGUUAGUAGUUCAAAGCCAUUGUUCAAAUGAGAUACUUGUUAGUAUUAAAACUGUUCAAAACUUA